ACAUAUAAAAGUUGCAAACCGGUUUCAGUCUCGUGGUCUCCUGACAAUGAGUCCUGAGUCCUGGUCUCCUUUCUUUUCAGACAAUGCUUUCAGAUGAGAAUAGCAUGUUGUGUUAGUUUUGUUCACGCAGUUUGAAGUUGAAAUAGUACAUUAUGUAUUUUUGACGAGCUCAUUUUUCGACAAGUAAUAUUUAUAUCUACUAAAUUCUUAUUUGACAUUGAAACUAUCCAGAAAGAAGUGAUUUAAGUGAUACUAAUUUUUGUUUGAAUUAGAUCUUCAAGAUACCUACUUACUUGAAAUUAUUUGUUAACGAACAAUUCUCACUGGAACCGAUCUUGCCAAGGUUCUCGAAUCUUGAUUGUUAUUUGAAGUAAACUUUCCAAUCUCUGUGAGACCAUUUCGUGAAAUACCUGUGUCAAAAUGUCAGAACAUAGUGGUAGUCUUGUUUGGAAAAUCGACGAUUAUUGGAGGGUCUUCUACGUUGGAAAGGGAGAAACACUGACAUCCGUAAAAUUUUCGGGUGACGGUGAUGAUCUCGAUUGGCGCUUGGAACACACGGUGAAGGUCUGCGAAAUCACAGGCAAUGACAUUGUUUCAUUCAAAAUUGCUCCUCAUUGCUACGCCGAUAUCGAAAAGUAUGAAUCUGUAUCUGGAAAUGUGAAGCUUUGUAUUAUGAACUUUGACACUGCUAGGUGGUUUACAGUUGAAACAUCUUUCGUCUUCAAGUACAGUGAUGAUUAUGAACAGCUGGAGUUGUGUGGUACCUUGCCAGGAAUUGAAUAUGAUAAAAUCCAUCCAUAUUUAUGCGGCGGCGAAGAAUUAGUAGUUCGUUGCGAGCUCACCUAUCACAAGAAUAACUUUAACGAUGAAAUUGUCGCGAUGUCUUCUUCAAACAACUCGAAUUUCGUCAAAAUGUCUGAAUCCAGGCUUUUAAGUGACAUUGGAAAAUGUUUCAACGAAGACCGAUUCAAAGAUGUGACAAUUUCGGUCAGAGGUAAAGAGUACCGAGCUCAUAAAACGAUUUUAGCUACUCGUAGUACCGUGUUUGACAGAAUGCUCUCAGUAGACAUGUUGGAAAGCAAGAAAAAUCACAUCGAUAUUACCGAUAUGGACCAGGAAACUUUUGAAGAAAUGUUACACUAUGUUUAUACAGGGAAGGUGAAGAAUUUGGACGAAUCAGCCUUCGAAUUGCUUCCAGUAGCAGAUAAAUAUGAUCUGGAAGAACUCAGGAUCAUGUGUGAAGAAGUUUUGCUCAAGAAAUUAUCACCAGAUAAUGCAGUCAAGAUUUUAAUACUGGCAGAUAUGCAUCGUGCUAAAAAGUUGAAGGCGGGUUGCCUUCUAUUUAUUAAAAAGAAUUAUGCGAAUUGCAAGGAUUUUAUUGAUAAGGAAUGGAAGAAGUUAACUUCAGAUCAUGAUCAUUUAUUAAAAGACAUGAUGGAUGUUUUUUGUAAUUUUUAGAAUAUGCUUUUGGCAUGUAAUUUUUGUAAACUUUUGUAUACUUAAUGCCUCAUUUUGUAUCUACCUAUAUUUUUUUCUUAUAUUGUUUUAGUUACUCACUUAUGCAUAGUACAUAAUUAAUAAAACAAGACGUGUUCUAAUACUAUCAGGCAAUAAUAAUAGGUACAAUAAAUAGACAUGU